AUGUCAAUUUCAAUUCCGCUAGAGACAUUCUUUAAAUUCGAGUUACUUGUCAGCAUCAAUGUUUCGCAAGAACUUAAUUUUGAACUAGUUCCCAUUCUCACUCAAAACGACACUAAGAAUGUAAAUCCAAGUGCUGUUAGUGGUGAUUGCAGUACAAAAAAUAUCGAACUCAGGUCACUCGAUUUUCCUGACAGGCGGGUUAUCAAAAUAAAUCUCAACGAUAGCUUGAAUGGGAAAAAAUCCUCGAGCACGACAAGCCCGUUAUUUGAGGCCAAAGAUACCACAAUGGAUUUUAAUGUAUCGACACAGCCCCAUCAGUCUAUGUCAACCGGCGACCACAGUAAUAAUCUAGCACAAAAUAUAUUAAACGUCAAUAGUACAACUGCAAAUGAAGCUGCUGGUGAAAAUCUAUUUUCUAAUUUAGGACUGGAUAGUUCAAUAGAUUUUAGUAAAAUACUACAGGAUUAUUUAGAUGGGUCUGGCUUUAAAGAGCAGACGACUACAGAGCUGGACACAGCACUUAAUGACUUCGCCGGCGACCAGAACGUUUUGACACCUCCAAAGUCGCCCGAGUUCCCCAUGAUCGAAGCGGGAAAGGCAGACCUUGGACCUGUCCAGUCAGUGGAUGCGGAAGACAAAUGA